AUGCACAUGGGGGUUUCUCGUUGCUUCCCGUGGCGUUCGCGCACAUCCAAUGGCAAGAAGCGGGACGGUUUCGGAACCUUACCGGAUAAUGUCGUAGUGGAUGUGCUCAGCAGGCUGGAAGUCGACCAGCUCAAAUGCGCAAUAAGAGUAUGCAGAAGGUGGCAUGCUUUGAUCGCGACAGCUCACUUCGCCCGACUGCAUCUUCAAAGAGUUUCUUCGGUAACUGUCGUGUACCCCUUGUGCUUCGAGGACCCUGUAUAUUACAAUGUCGGUCUGUUCUUUAUCGACUGGGGCUCUAUGGAGAAGAAACCGAUUGCAGGAGCAAAGUCACCGCCGGCUUUGCGAGACAUAACUGUCGACAGAUCUUGUCAUCUUCUAGGUUGUUGUGACGGACUGUUUAUCUUAAUCAAGACUCGCACCGCAUCUAUGUAUGAGAUUCACAACCCUGUCACGUGGGAGCGAGUCCCGGUGCCGCAUAAGGGCUCGAUCUGCGGAUUCUUUCUCCAUCCGCUUUCGAACAAAUACCGGUUGCUUUCUUACAGAGAAACUCCCAAUGGCUUCUGGUAUCAGGUGGAUGGUCUAGGGCCAGCGGCGUGCAUAGACGUCGGAAUGUUUCGUUAUCGUCCUAGAGAACAAGAAGCCCCGUCUGGCGUAAGGGGUCGUCUUCACUGGAUGGUGGUUGGGAAGGAAGGCGUGUCGCCUCCGUGUUCGCAUUCCAUCAUGGUCUUUAGCGCUAGAGAGAAUGCAUUUUGUUUUAUGCCUCAUCCGGGAGAUUCAUGUCUACCGAGCAAGGGACAUUCGAACAUGCACUUGGUGGAAAUGCAGGGCCGCGUAUACGUGUACGCGAUUCAAGUUAAAUUCAUGAGCAUCUGGGUUCUGGAGGACCAUGCAAGCUGGCAGUGGGUAAAGAAAUGCGAUAUCAAUCUACAAUGGAACUUAAAUCGGCAUCCGGUUCAUGAUGAGAACGUAACAAGCUACGAAAACUACAAGAAUAUGCAGCUUAUAGACAUCCGAGAUGGGGAGUUGCUUCUGUUCUGGCCUGGCCGGGGACUCUUUCAGCAUAAUCUGCAGUCGCAAACCAUCAAAAGAGUUCCGUGGCCAUUUAUGGACGGGUUCGGCUAUGACACGUACAGAAUGAAGACCAGGGUAGUAAUGGUUAGUCCUGAGCAGGACUUUAAAAGGCUCCACCCAUCAGGCAGGGUGCCCCUCCAGGGGGGAAGUGAGUCCCUGUAUGGGGUUUAUAUCUUAGGGAGUUCCCCGGAAAAACUCCCAAGGAACAAGCCCGGGGAGGGCAAUGAAGACAACCCAGGGGAAACGAAGCCCCUGGGGGUGGGCCGAGCCUCCCCCCGAGCCCAAGUUGGACCCGAGCAGGUCCUUAAACUGCUCCCCCCUGAAUAG